GCGUUCUGUGUCGUAAACUACAGUGCCGAAGCAACUCUGCGGACCUACGUGUUUGUGCCAUAGAAUACUGCGUCCAAUGCUAAACCGUCAUGCCUCGUUCAUUCUUAAUCAAGAAACGCGUAACAUUCAAAAAUAAUUCUCUAACGAAGAGAAGAUCCUGGGAAAACGGAGACAGUGAGGUCGUAAUAAAUCUGCCAUCGCUGUUAUAUCCUUAUUCAGAUAAUCCAGUUCCUUUUGACCUGACUAAGAGACCAAAACACCCCGACUUGAAAUCCGAAUGUAGGCCACAUCUGCUGAAUAUGUCCUUACAAACUGAACGAACUCCAGCCAUUUCUUCCGUAUCCUUUCCGGAAACGAUAAUCAAUCGACCAAAAGAGUCAUUUUGCUAUCGAACUGUUGGUUCCUCGUGCUUACCUUUCGGCUGCCAUGCACGUCACCCCGAUACUAACAGCUUCGAGUACAUAGAGCAGCCUCAGAUGCCGAUGUCCCCACCCCGGUCUCCACCCAUUUCCAGUGAUGACUUUGUUAGGUCAUCUGACAAGCCAAAUUCGGGUUUAACAGAUUCUGAUAGGGAACAUGUCUUCCUCUUGAAACCCUCUUCGUCAUCACAAGUCCUGGUUACUGGCAAAAAUGAAUCACCGACCGCAUGGAUUCCAUACGUUCACCAAGAAUCUCUUCUGUCAGCGCCCCCUAGUCCCGAGUCAGAGGUGGAAAGCAGCCGAGAUAGCACCACCAACAUUAUCACAACAAUAGUUAAUAAAAAUCACUUGGAGAACUCUCGAUAUCAAUGUUCAGAAUGCAACAAAAGUUAUUCCACACACAGUGGGCUCUCCAAACAUCGGCAGUUUCACUGUGAUGCUGCUGACAAGAAGUCCUUCAGUUGUAAGCAUUGUGACAAGGUGUACGUUUCUCUCGGAGCUCUCAAGAUGCACAUCAGGACUCACACCCUCCCGUGUAAGUGUACGCUAUGUGGAAAAGCAUUCUCCAGACCCUGGCUACUCCAAGGUCACAUUCGGACCCACACGGGAGAGAAGCCUUUUUCCUGUCCACAUUGUAAUCGAGCUUUUGCUGACCGUUCAAACUUGCGGGCUCACCUCCAGACACACUCGGACGUCAAGAAAUACAGGUGUAAGUCCUGUAAUAAGACCUUCUCUCGCAUGUCCUUGUUGGUGAAGCAUGAAGAAGGCGUGUGUGCUGAUGGACUCCACUAUCGGUAA